GCCAAGUCAGACUCACGCAAGCUGUUUGGGGUGUAGAUGUCAGAGCCUAUUCACAGAGUUAUCUUCACUUGCACACGUGAAUGUUUCUAUACAGUCUCCUUGGAGAAGGGUUCCUGGGUACAAGCUGAGAUUCUGGAUAUGGAGCCUAUCAAUCAAUCAGAUCCAUAAUUCUAACUCCAAUAAGAUACACACUUUAAUGGAAGACGGGAGAGAAAGUAGAUCAAGUUUGGGUUCCCUUAGUAAUAAACGUCCUAAAGCCUUUGAUAUAGCGUUUCCUUCGUUUUUUGUUCAAAUUCCUCAAAAGCUUCAAAAUUGUUUGAAGUCACAUUUCAAGAACUCAGCGAAAGAUGAGCUUGGAGCGAAUUCUAUUAUUAUAAAGGAGAAUAACUCAUUUGCUACUCGGAAACACGACUUGGAUAGGCAAUUGAAGGCUUGGAACAAUAAUCCCACUUGGGUUGACGAAUCUCCUGAAAUUCAGGUUAGUGUACCAAAAGGUUCUUUAUGCAACCUUAGUGUGAAAGUCAAAGUCGGUUUGCCACCAGAUGCAAUCUAUGACAUUGUCACUGACCCUGACAACAGAAGGGUCUUCAAAAAUAUCAAAGAAGUUAUAUCCAGAAAGGUAUUGGUUGAUGAGGGUUCAAGGCAGGUUGUCGAGGUGGAGCAAGCAGCUAUGUGGAAGUUUCUUUGGUGGUCGGGAACCAUAGCUGUCCAUGUUAUGGUUGACCAAAACAGAGAGGAUCACUCGAUGAAAUUCAAGCAAGUGAAAACUGGUUUUAUGGAAAGAUUUGAAGGGUGCUGGAAAGUGGAACCUCUAUUUGUUGAUGAAAAAAUGUGCUUUCCUUUGAAGCCGAAAACAUGGGCUGACUAUGAUCUGUGCACUGGGGGUAAAGGACGAGUUGGAUCAAUUGUUAGUUUACAACAACUAGUACAGCCAGCUAUAGUUCCACCACCACCAAUUUCCUGGUAUCUAAGGGGGAUAACCACAAAAACUACUGAGAUGUUGAUAUUAGACCUUUUGGCCGAAUCUGCCAGAAUUAGAGGGGAUAUUUCUACUGCAAAUUCUGACCAAAAGCAGGUAGAGUUAUUACCAGAAUUAGGCGUAGUAGGCGAUAAGAUACAUAUUAAAGCGAGAUGGGCCAGUCAUAGAAGGAAUUCAAGGCGGCAUGGUAACCAUAAAAGGUAACAAUGGAAUCGUUAUUAGAAGUAUGAUUGACGUGCAUAUAUGUUCACCAAGUAUUAAGCACAUGUAUCGUGUAAGAAGUGUUUCCUUAGGGAGAAUGUAUUUGUAUUAAUGAAUAGGGCCUCUUACCAGCUUGGCUAUUGCCUAGAGCAUCACAUAGUUUGGGCCCAAAAUUUUAAUGUUUUUCUUACAGCUUGAUUGUUUUAGUGCUCUUACAUAGUGGUUGAUAGAUACUAUUUAGCUGUAAUAAGCUGUUAUUGAAUGAUGCUUGUUUUGUAAACAUCGCUUACUGCUUUCCAGUUCUAUCUA